UAAUUUUUUUUACUCCUAAAUACGUUUAAGGUUUGGGCUUUUCCCGAACUCUCAGACCCCGUCUCGUUGUCGUCUCUGCAACCGUCACGACAGACAUUUGUCGGCCAUGCCAAUCAGUUCAGCUCACUCCCCCACCUUGAAGAAAAUGAGGUAAAAAUUAGAAAACCCAAAUAAAUAAUAAAUAAAAUAAAUCCCUGCCCUCACACUUUUACCCUUUUUCCUUUCGCCAUUUUUGUUCCGUCCGAUCUCCAAAAAGAGAGCUCGCUUUCGGUAUCAAGAUAUACAAAGCUGAAGCUUUCAUGGCAGGAUGGUCAACUUUAGCAAAUGGGUCUGCUUUAGAUUCCCUUGAAAAUGUCUGUGCUCAUCGGAAAAAGGGUCUCGUUGUUGGGUGUGUUGAUAAUGAUCAUGAUAGCGAUGAAUCCGACGGUGGUGGUGUUGAGUUUAGGCUACGGAGGUUGUUUGAUGAGGUCAUGUCCGUCUUCCUCAAGGCGAUUGGUGAAAAGGGUAGGUUUAGGCCUGUCCCGGCAAUGCUUCCAUGUGAGAAAUCUGUUGAUUUGUUCGAGUUGUUUUGGGUUGUGAGAGAGAAAGGUGGGUAUGAAUCCGUGACAAAGAAAAGGUUGUGGGGUUUUGUGGCCAAGAAAUUGGGGUUGGGUUUUGGGGCCAUGGCGGCCGUGAAAUUGGUGUACUUCAAGUAUCUGAGUGAGUUAGAGCAAUGGCUUAACAAUAGGGGAAAGUGUGGGAAUUUUGGGCGCUUGUCUUUGGAGCUAGAGACCGAGUUUAGAGAUUUGUUCUCCCAUUGUAGGCUUGUUCAAGUUGAGAAGAGAAAAAAAUUGUGCUUGAAAGAUGCCAAAUGUUCAGGCUUUGUCAAGUGUAAUGGUGAUAAUGACGAAAAGUUUGGUGACAAAGAUCACGAUGAAUCUGAUCAUCUUAUGGUCUUGAACUCUAGUGGUGAUGACAAGAAAGAAAAGGACAAUAAGAGAAAGAGAGAGUCUUUGUCGGGACUAGUGAAGUGGUUGACAGAGGUGGCAAAGCAUUCGGAUGAUCCUUCCAUUGGGGUAAUAGGAGGGCCUUCUGUGUUGAAGGAGCAUAAGGAGGGGAAAGAAAUCAGGGCAAGAGAGAUGUUGUUAAGAAGGCAUGUGAAUUCCAACAAUGAAGAAUCUCUAUUGCAGAAGAAGCUAAAGAUGCAUCCGUCUAUGUACGAGGAUAAUAUUGCUCUCAGCCACCAUUCUUCGGAGAGAUCAAGGUGCAGCAAAAGGCUUACAAAUUUGUCGAAAUCUCGUUCAUGUUCUUGUUGCAAUCCAUGUUCACCAAGUUCCCCUAAACUGAUAAGUCCUCGUAAAGUAGAGGUGGAUAAUGAGCCUAAGGAGGAAGAAGUUAUAGAAGUUGAUUUGCCAGUUUUAGCUAAGGAACUCUGCCCUUUGGAGGAUGAGUCCGUCAAAAAGGAUGUUUCUGUGGGGCCCCUCUUUCAAGCUGAUGUCCCAGAAUGGACUGGUGUGGUAUAUGAGAGUGAUCCUAAAUGGCUAGGCACUCGAGUAUGGCCGAAGGAAUGCAGAGAACACAAAUACCCUAUUAAGGAAAUAAAUACUAUUGGCAAGGGAAGACCGGAAUUUUGUGGCUGUCCACUUCCAGGAUCUGUUGAAUGUGUAAGAUUUCACAUUGCUGAGGCAAGGAUGAAACUAAAGCUCGAACUGGGUCCGGCAUUUUAUCAUUGGAGGUUUGACCAUAUGGGCGAGGAAGUUUCACUUCGGUGGACAGCUGAACAGGAAAAGAGGUUCAGAGAAAUAGUGAAAUCAAAUAAGUACUUUGGGGACAGGAAAAUCAGAUGGUUUCCUAUGAAGACGAUGGAAAACAUGGUAAGCUACUACUUCAACGUGUUCCUUGUCCAGAAAAGACGUUACCAAAAUCGGGUAACUCUAAAAAAUAUUGAUAGUGAUGAUGAUGAAAAAGAGUUUGGAUCUAUAGGCGGCCCUUUCGGGAAUAAUGCAGUUGAUCUUUCAGGGUCCAACAUGCUGUCAUGUGUUCAGAAUAAGCAGUGCACCGAUUUGGAAUAAACAAAAUGCAAGCAGGAGUUAAACCCCUUCUGAACUAUGCAACUUUCUCUCCAGAUUUUAAAGUGUUCAAGGUAAUAACAGUCAUGAGUGAUGCAAUUUUGAGGGUAGUGCCUGAAGUGGUGGAAGAGACUUGGUCAUUUUCUUGAAGACCCCAGAAGAGAAUUUGCAGAAUUCAGUUUUGGAGCUGACCAAGUAAGCCUGGAAUGUUGUAUUCGAAAAAUAUAUUACUGAUUAGAUAGCUCCAUUGUAAAUACCUUGUGCAGCACCAGGUUUUUCUUCUAGACACACCCAUUUGGCCAUAUUUUUAGAUAAAGGAAAUACUAGGGGAAUAUACACAGUCGUUCGAGUUGUAUUUUCUUUUUCUUUUUCUUUUACCCUUAUGAGAUGACUAUGCGGCAUUUUGUUUUGC